CCUGGUUUUCAGCAGUCUUUGGAUUUCACCAUGAUUCCUUCUCGGUUGCUGGUUUCUGCAGCAUUUUCAGUUUUCUGUGUCAUAAAAGUCAGCUCCCUGGAUACUUUUAUAGCAGCUGUUUAUGAGCAUGCAGUGAUACUGCCUAAUGCUACCCUAACACCGGUGUCUCCUGAAGAGGCGUUGACAUUGAUGAAUCGGAACCUGGAUCUUCUGGAAGGAGCAAUCGAAUCAGCAGCCAAACAGGGUGCAUAUAUUAUUGUGACUCCAGAAGAUGGUAUUUAUGGCAUCAAUUUUACCAGGGAAUUGAUCUAUCCAUACUUGGAGGACAUCCCAGACCCUCAAGUGAAUUGGAUCCCCUGUGAUAAUCCUAACAGAUUUGGCCACACCCCGGUGCAAGAAAGGCUCAGCUGCCUGGCCAAGGACAAUGCUAUCUAUGUGGUGGCAAAUAUAGGGGACAAGAAGCCGUGCAAUGCCAGUGACCCCCAGUGUCCUCCCGACGGCCGUUACCAGUACAACACCAACGUGGUGUUCGAUUCUCAGGGAAAGCUGGUGGCCCGCUACCAUAAGCAAAACCUUUUCAUGGGUGAAGAACAGUUCGAUACACCCAGGGAGGUUGAGAUGGUGACUUUCGACACCGCCUUUGGAAAGUUUGGCGUUUUCACGUGCUUUGAUGUUCUCUUCCAUGAUCCUGCUGUCGCGCUGGUGAAAGAUUUCCACGUGAACACCAUACUGUUCCCCACAGCUUGGAUGAAUGUUCUGCCACAUUUGUCAGCCAUUGAAUUCCAUUCGGCCUGGGCUAUGGGCAUGGGGGUCAAUUUCGUUGCCUCCAAUUUACAUAACCCUUUGAGGAGAAUGACAGGAAGUGGCAUCUAUGCACCAGAUUUUCCAAGAACAUUUCAUUACGAUAUGAAGACCCAGGAGGGAAAACUCCUCCUGUCCCAGCUGGAUUCCCAUCCAUACCGCCCCACAGUGAAUUGGACUUCUUAUGCCAGCAGUAUAGAAGCUCUCUGGGCAGGAAACCAGGAAUUUAAAGGAACUGUCUUUUUUGACGAAUACAUCUUUGUGGAGCUCAAAGGAAUCACAGGAAAUUACACAGUUUGCCAGAAAGAUCUUUGCUGUCAUCUAAGUUACCAGAUGUCUGAGAAGAGGUCAGAUGAAGUUUAUGCCUUAGGAGCAUUUGAUGGGCUGCAUACUGCUGAAGGACGCUAUCAUCUACAGAUUUGCACUGUGCUGAAGUGUAAAACCCCUGAUGUACAGAGCUGUGGUGGCUCAGUUGACACAGCUGCUACCAGGUUCGAGAUGUUCUCCCUCAGUGGCACUUUUGGGACCCAGUAUGUCUUUCCCGAGGUUUUGCUGAGUGAAGUUCAGCUCGCACCCAGAGAAUUUCAGGUGACGAGUGAUGGGCGCUUGCUGAGCCUGCAGCCAACAUCCAGACCUGUCUUGACAGUCACCCUGUUUGGGAGGUUGUAUGACAAGGACGGGGUGUCAAAUGCCUCACCCAACCUCGCAGCCCACUCGCUAAGAGUACUGUUAAUACUGAUAAUACCCGUUGUAUAUUUGUUAUGUUGUUCUGCUUAAGAUUUCCAGUGACUGUUUCCUCUGUUAAUUAUUUACCUGAACAAUACGUUUCAAUCCUCUUAUGGGCCGAGCAGUGUCCCUCGGAUUAGUUAGUUGAAGGCCUUAACUCCGAGUACCUCUGAAUGUGACUGAUUUGCAGAGUAUUCGAAGGGAUAAAAUGAGGUCACAAGGGUGAUCCUAAGUCAGUGUGACUUAUGUCCUCAUGAGAAGAGGGCAUUCGGACACCAUGUACAGAAUGGAGACUGCAUAAUCCUACAGAGGAGACUGCUGGCUACAAGCCAAGGAGAGACGUCUUUGAAGAAUCCAAACCUGGCAACCUGUGGAUCUGAACUUCUAGCCCCCAGAAUCACAAGACAAUAAAUUUCUGUUGUCCAAGUUA